AUGAGCACACAUGCACUGAUAAACCGGCUCUUCCACGUCCACCUGGUGCUCGUGUUCGUGCCGCUGGGCUUCGUGGCACACUGGGCAUCAUGGCCAGACACCAUCGUGACGCUGUGCAAUGUCGCCGCCAUCAUUCCGCUGUCGGCCCGUCUGUCUGCUGCCUCCGACACCAUUGGCAAUAGAUGGGGGGACUUGGUAGGCGGACUGAUAAACGCAACCUUUGGGAACACCGUCGAGCUCAUCGUGGGAUUCCUCGCCAUCCUCCGACAUGAGCCCCGACUAGCACAGUCCAUGAUGAUCGGCAGCAUCCUCUCCGAUAUCCUCUUGGUUCGUCAGUUACCCCGUCCUCCCCGUGCUUCAGAAGGCUCUCUAAUGCCACCACAGGUCCAAGGGUGCUGCUUCAUCACAGCCGCCCGUGGCACCGGCGUAUUGAACGUCAACUCGGCCAUUGCAGACACAUUGUCCACCCUCAUGAUCAUCACCACCGUCGCCCUCGUCCUCCCGGCAGCAUUGUAUUCGACCUUUGCUUCAAAGUCGGGCAGCGAGAGAGAGCUCCGCCGAAUGGUCCUCAACUUCAGUCGCGCCACGGCUGUUGUGCUUCUCUGCGUCUACGCCGCCUACCUGUACUUUCAACUCAAGACACACUCGUCCAUUUUUGUAGGCGCUGACGACGAGCAUGACGAGAACCUACACCAUGAUCAAGGUGCCUCGCCUCCAUCUCCGUUGCCCCAACGUCAAGUCGCCUCCGACGAGGUUUCGCAUACGGACAGGCCCUCCAUGUCUGAUAUUGCUGUCGCCGCGCUUACCUUGGUCAUAUCUGGGCUUCUCAUUGCCAAAUGCACGGCAAAUUUUAUGGAUUCUUUACACGGCACCGCCCAGGCGCUGAAUAUUUCCAAAACCUUCAUCGCCAUCAUAAUCAUGCCACUGGCCAGCAAUGCGUCAGAAUUGGCACAAGUGGUGGCUGCCUCGAAGAACCAGAAGAUUGACUUCGCCAUUGGCGUCAUCAUUGGCAGCAUCCUGCAGAUAUCACUGCUUGUAUUGCCACUGCUGGUGGUCGUGGGAUGGGCACUGCGUCUGCACAUGGAUCUUUACUUCGAGCCGUCCCAAACCUACAUUCUUCUUUUGGCAGUCAUCACGGUCAACCAAGUACUCCAAGACAAGCACUAUACCUUCUUGCACGGAGCUCUACUUAUAUCAGUGUAG